ACUCCUUCAGUGGGGUCAAGAGAUUUGAUAAGGUUAAAAAAAAAUCCCACAUAAAUCAAAACCAGUAACAGAACCAGUAUCUUUUCUAAGAUUUUAAAACUGCGAACGAACGCAUGGUGGCGCUGUUGACUAAGACGUUGUACACUCAGUACUCAGAGACUCACAGAGCAAUUCGAUGAUGUAAAACCACCGCUUGUAUGAACCUGAGUAGAUUUUUAAGCACGAAAAUCGGAAUCUCGGAAAACAUUAGUUGUUAGGCUGUCUCCAAAAGACUUUGCUUUUCACAGAGAGAUAUAAGGCCCCUCUUGGUUACAAGCCCUUGGAAAUACACCGCAGAAAUACAAUGGAGGCCAGAGAAGAACGCUUUCUUAAACAAAGGCAAGUCUUGAUUCUCUUUGUUUUUCUGGGUGGGUCUCUUGCUGGGUCCGGGUCUAGGCACUAUUCUGUGGCCGAGGAAAAAGAGAGGGGCUUCGUAAUAGCCAAUCUAGAGAAGGAUCUGGGGCUCAGUGUAGAAGAACUGGCUGAAAGGAGAGCUCAAGCUAUCUCCAAAGGAAACAUACAGUAUUUUAAGCUCAGUCAUCAGACCGGAGAUUUGCUCUUGGUUGAGAAAUUGGAUAGGGAGGAACUGUGCGGUUCGACAGAGCCUUGUGUGCUGCACUUUCAGAUAUUGCUGCAUAAUCCUUUGCAGUUUAUUACAAAUGAGCUUGAGGUCGUAGAUGUAAAUGACCAUGCCCCAGAGUUCUUUGAAAACGCAAUGCAGCUGAAAGUCCUGGAAAGCUCCCCACCUGGGACAGUGAUUCCUUUGGGAAAUGCUGUGGACUUGGACGUGGGAAGAAACGGACUCCAGAACUACACGGUCUCUCCCAAGUCCCAUUUUCAUGUUCACACCCGCCAUCGUAGCAAUGGAAGGAAGUAUCCAGAACUAGUUCUAGUCAGAGCUCUGGAUAGGGAAGAGCAGCCAGAGCUCAGUUUAACUCUCACAGCGCUGGAUGGAGGAUCCCCACCUCGUUCUGGAACUACCCAGGUCCACAUUUUGGUCUUAGACAUAAAUGAUAAUGCCCCAGAGUUUACACAGUCACUCUAUGAGGUUCAAAUUUUAGAGAAAAGCCCUGUUGGCUGUGUCAUUACCACUGUCUCUGCUUCUGACUUAGAUACGGGAAAUUUUGGUGCAGUAUCAUACACAUUUUUUCAUGCUUCUGAAGAAAUUCUCAAAACUUUUCAACUAAACACCACUACUGGUAAUAUACAACUACUUAAGGGUUUGGAUUAUGAAACAAUUAAUACUUAUGAGGUUGACAUAGAGGCCACAGACGGUGGAGGCCUUUCCGGGAAAUGUACAGUCAUAGUUCAGGUACUUGAUGUGAACGAUAACCCACCAGAACUGACACUGUCAUCAGUUAACAGUGUUAUCCCCGAGAAUUCGGGAGAGACUGUGGUGGCUGUAUUCAGUGUUUCCGAUUUAGACUCUGGAGAUAACGGAAGAGUGACAUGUUCCAUCCAGAACGAUCUCCCCUUCAUCCUGAAGCCUUCUGUAGAGAACUUCUAUACUCUAGCAUCUGAAGGAGUUUUGGACAGAGAGAGCAGAGCUGAAUACAACAUCACCAUCACUGUCUCAGACAUGGGCACACCCAGGCUCACAACCCAGCACACCAUAACAGUGCAGGUGUCUGACAUCAACGACAAUGUCCCUGCCUUCACCCAAACCUCCUACACCAUGUUCAUCCGCGAGAAUAACAGCCCCGCCCUGCACAUAGGCACCAUCAGCGCCACAGACUCAGACUCAGGCUCCAAUGCCCACAUCACCUACUCACUGCUGCCGCCCCACGAUCCACAGCUGGCUCUCGACUUGCUCAUCUCCAUCAACGCAGACAAUGGGCAGCUGUUCGUGCUCAGGGCUCUGGACUAUGAGACCCUGCAGGCUUUCGAGUUCCACGUGGGCGCCACGGACCGAGGCUCGCCCGCGCUCAGCAGCCAGGCUCUGGUGCGUGUGGUGGUGCUGGAUGACAAUGACAAUGCGCCCUUCGUGCUCUUCCCGCUACAGAAUGCCUCUGCGCCCUACACUGAGUUGCUUCCCAGGGCUGCGGAGCCUGGAUACCUGGUUACCAAGGUGGUGGCAGUGGACCGUGACUCUGGCCAGAAUGCCUGGCUAUCAUUCCAGCUGCUCAAGGCCACGGAGCCUGGGCUGUUCAGCUUGUGGGCGCACAAUGGCGAGGUGCGCACCACCAGGCUGCUGAGCGAGCGCGAUGUGCCCAAGCACAGGCUGGUGCUGCUGGUCAAGGACAAUGGAGAGCCUCCGCGCUCUGCCAGUGUCACUCUGCACGUGCUAGUGGUGGAUGGCUUCUCUCAGCCCUAUCUGCCCUUGCCUGAGGUGGCGCGCAACUCCAUGCAAAACGACGUGGACUUGCUCACGUUGUACUUAGUCAUCGCCUUGGCAUCUGUGUCUUCUCUCUUCCUCUUGUCUGUGGUGCUGUUUGUUGGAGUGAGGCUGUGCAGGAAGGCCAGGGCAGCUUCUCUGGGUGGCUGCUCUGUGUCUGAGGGACACUUUCCUGGCCACCUGGUAGACGUCAGCGGUAUGGGGACCCUGUCCCAGAGCUACCAGUAUGAGGUGUGUCUGACGGGAGAUUCUAGGACUGGUGAGUUCAAAUUCCUGAAUCCGGUGAUACCAAACCUGUUUUUGGAAGAAUCUGAGAGAAGUUAAGGGAAGUCCCCACUGUAGGAGUAGCUUUAUAGUCAGCUAAGGAUUGUAAAUGGCCCAUCAUCUGUCAGUUCUGGUUAACUUCUUAUUCUAGUUAUUCUUUUAAGAAGUUGUACUAUCUAAAAUUUUUCUCUAUCAGUAAUUCAGCCCAUGGUAUCCCAAAUAGCUUUAACCUUGUUAUGUUCUUAUUAAUACUAAUUUUCUUAGGAUUUUGUAGUUGUGUCUAUUAUAUAUUCAUUUUCUCUAUAUUUAGGCAUGUCUGAGUGAUUAUUAUCAUAACAGUUAAUGAAAAUAAUGUCUUUACAACAGUAUGGAACUUUUCAAUGCACUUAAGAAAAAUUAAAAUUAUGUGUAUUUGCGACACAUAUCUUUACUAUAUAACUUUAUGCAUUUUCAGGCUACAUUGUUGGGAGUUCGUUGAGUUCUUGGCCUUUUUAGGUUAAGCAAUCUGAAAGCUGUAAAAUCUACCACACUUUUUUUCCCUAAAUUGUAUGCAAACACAUACUUUAUUAAAGCAUUAGUGCAUGGACAUUGUGCCCUGUUCUGUUGUGAGCACUGUGUAUCCAAAAGAUUGUUAUGUGCAUUUGUUCAAAGGCAUGCCAUAGGUAGUAAUAUUAAACUCCUCAAAUAAUUAUUAUACAAUAAAAGUUUAGAAGACAAUAUGAUAUACUUGAUCUUUUUUGUGAAGCCUGUCUGUUAAACCACUGGUUUGACACAAUCCUUUAUAAAACAUCAUAUUAGAAACAGAAUUAUGAACCAACUUUCUGUGAGUUAGUUGAGGACUCUUGAGGGUAUCAACUUUCUGUUUCUACUUCCUUCCUUUACCACAUGGGUGGAAGUCUAAGUAUAGUGAACAGACUGUAUUUUCUUGGAAUCUCUUUGUUUCCUCUUCCUUUCAAAAAAGGAAAUUUCUUCUGAAUUUCUCUUAUGUUUGAUACUGAUUAUUGGCUAAUCUCAGGUUUUUACUUUAUAGUGCUUGAUAGUGAUGGUAAGUUUUUUGAUCAUUAAAAUAAUUUUUGGUGUUUAAUUUCCCUUUUGUUGCCUAAUGCAGCCUUCAGCUAUUAUAAAUUACCUUAGUUUUUAGAUUAGGAAAGUUUUAUUUGUAUGAAGUAUAUAUUAUUUUGAGCAUGAAUACUCAAGAACAAUAUCUCACUUGUCUGAAUAAUAAUUGUUUGUCAGGUCCAGCAAGCCCAGUGAAGCUGUCAUGUAAUUUAUAAGUAGACUUAUAUUGUUCUGACUAUAAAAUGCCUCGAACAUU